AUGGUGAUGACACAGGUAUUUUUGAUUUCGGGUGCUAAGAUUAAGAACAAAUGCCGUGGCGAACCAAACUAUCAACCCCAGCACCAUAUAACCCAAAACGACUUAAGUGGCACAGCUGUAGGGAAUGUCAAUACUCCCAAUAACAACAAUGUUCAACAACCAUUGCAACAACUAUCGCCACAACAACGGCCCUAUGCAGCAGCACGAUAUCGACCUAUAGCAUCAACGACUGCGGCCCCAACAAUCUUUCAGCGCAUUUCAAGUUGGUUUUCUUUUUUGGGUGACGACAGUGAGCAAAAGCGAUCACCUUUGUCGCCUCCUACACAACAGCCACCUCAAGUCAACUAUCAUCAUCAACAACCACCACAUCCUGGACCGCAACAGAACAAUAUAGGACCAACAGGCAUUGUUCAACCAACACCCUCCGUGCAAACACAGCAGCAGUUGCAACAUCAGCAGCAGCAAUAUCAUCAACAGCAACAACAGAACCAACAAUUGCAGCAACCUCAACUACAACAGCUCCAGCAGCAACAGUUUCCUUAUCCGUUUCAUUUCCGAAACGGUAGUCGAGCAACCCAGUUGUCGCAGGUUCUUACUCCACAGGGUACGGCGCUCCAAAUCGUCUCUGGAUUUCAACCAAGCGCACCGAUCCUUGAGAGUGGCUCACCCUACCAUCCUACUUUGGCGCCAAUUACACAACAAGGGGGUAGGUUCCGUAAUCCGGAACCGACAACUAGUAGAGCUUCGGAGGGAACUUCAGCCUCAAGUGUUACAAGAAUCAAUUCGGAUGACGUGAACUAUCAUCCUUGUAACAAUGUCCCUUGGGUGCCGAUAUCGGCCCCAUCUGAGUAUCCGUCAGCAUCCGGAGAUGGUGGAUUUUCACCGCCGCUAACACCUCCAGGAACAAAACAGCCUGGGGAUCAACAUUCUAAACCGAUUAAAAUUCAAGUGGUGAACAAAGGUAAAGUCCAGUCGGUGAGCCCUUUUGCAGGUGGCUUAACACCUGUUGUCGAAUCGGUCGUUAUUACAGCGCCACCGCAAGCGCAACAACUCAUUCAGCUGCAGCUACAACAACAACAGCAUCAGUUACAAAACCUACAACUUCAGCAACUACAGCUCCAACAACAACAACUACAGCAAGAAUUGCAGUUACUCAAAACAACAACCGUUAACCCUGUAUUGGGCAUAUCACCUGUGGCGGCACACUUUAUAACGAAAGCACCACAAGAAGCAAUACAGCAACCAAUAACGUUACGCCAAGUAUCGGCUUCAUACUUUACCAACAAGGAGUACACUCCGCCGGCCAAGCUGCUACCCAUACAAAACGAGGGAAAACCACUCGCUCCAAUACCUCUACCAAAUCUGAGCGCCACGCCAAUACCACCGCUUUACACUGCCGGUUCCUUCCACAGUGAUCCGUACAAAUUCUAUCGACCCUACCGUCCAGUUGAACCUAUCGUAGAGUUGGGCCACGGUUAUCCAUUGUCGUCCAUGUCGAAGUCGAACAGCUACAUCCGUUACUCGCACCCGUCCUCAAACAAUGACACGAAGAUCCCGGAUGAUGUAGAGCAAUUUUCAUCGUCAGCUUCAUCGUCCAUCUACAGCACAGUGUCAUACACGAAUGGUGAAGAUUCUAAGCCAGAAGCAUCCGUUAAACGCAAUGUGGCAACAAAAAGUAACGGGAUUAGCAGUGACAAAACUCUCAGGAACGUCAACCUCAGUUACAAUCGUCCUCAAAAAACGGAUGCACAAGAAGAUUCGGACUAUGAAUCCGAAGAAGACGGUGGCCUAUCUGCCAUCGUCGGAACGACGGUGGAGGUUUCCAGUAUCGUUCCACAAACACGGUACUAUGGUCCUACCACAUCUUCGUCCUUACAGCUAGGGAGAACCAAAACAAUUCUCAACCCUCCACCGGCAACCGGCAACGACGAUCUUGGAAAUGGUGUGCAAAUUAUUUACUCGGCUAAUCAGCAGACUAAUGCUCCUAUCGAUACGGUGAAUAAUCAACAAAGUGUAGAAACCACGGAACUGCCAUACGACAAGGUGCUACCAUCGACAGUCGGGCCACCUACGAUCAGUACAGAAACGGUACCGACAUCGGGUGAAGAGCCUGUUGCAAGUGACAUCUACGCGGAAACCUUCCGGAUCGGUUCCAGUCUUCCGUCACAGUUUCGUAAAGCCAACUAUUCUGAGUUAGAUUUGAGAAUGGUUGAUACUACUACUUCGAUUAUUACUACAGACACUAAACAACAUGUCUCCGGCAUCACAACGAUAGCAACGCCAUAUUCACUGACAGCUACACUCGGAGGAUACCAGAAUCUGAUGUCUACAAAAAAACCAAAGCAAAUACAGAUCAUAAUUCCCUACCAAACAUACAAGAAGCCGGAACCAUUUAAAUCUCAGUCUGAUCAGAAUCACCUGGAGGACUUUGAUUACAACGCUCCGGAAGAGUCGAGCAUUGUAACAUCGAAGAAUUCGCCGCUUUAUUCCAAAACGAUAGCUUCAUUGACUGACAAUAUCAAGAGAGUGAAACCGAAACCACAGUUCAUUGAAAACAAUUCAGUAAAAUACUUCCAGUCCACUGCCCAUCUUCGAGACAUACUGCAGAAGGAAACGACGCAUCCUUUCAUGCUACCAGCAACGAGGAACCCAACAAAACUGACAAAGGUGAAAAAAGCCCGCCCUAUUGAGAUAUCCAAGGACUCAAAACCAUUCACUGUACGUAUCCCGAAGAUGACGCCAUUACCACCGGUCUCAAGCUUAAGCUUAAGUAGUCUGACGAGUGUAAGGUCAGGAUAUGAACGGUUUACCUCUCCAUUGCCCGUCGAUGAUAGGCCCUCAGAUGAAGUUGGAUUGGGCGCGUCCUCAUCCUCGAAAAACGCUAAACCUCUAGUGGCACUUUCAAAAUACACCAAACCAAUCACACCACACUACGCUAACAAUACACGAUUUAAGAUAUCUCCAACAACGUACGCUCAGAAAUCCCGCACAACAAUCUCACAGCUUCUCCGCGCCACAAAGAUUAUCCCCAAGGGACCAAAGCAUUUUCGAGCCGAUCUGCUUGCGUCGGAAACGGCGCAAACCAUAAGGCCGCCAUUAGGCUCGAAUCUGACCAUGCUCCAGUACUAUCGCACCAGCACUCUAAAGAGUAGUGUUAGACAAACUGCCACAACUCCAACGAUCACGACGUCUAUAUCGACGAAAGUUACCAACGAUACCAUAAAGGAAUCAACGGACGUAACCGAUGAAUUCACAACCGCUAGUCCGAUUUACGAGCGCAAUAAUGGAGAGAUUAAUCUCAACGAGCUGCAGCGCAAGAUAGAUACUUGGACGGAGCAGGAAUUCGGUUCUGACGAUUUUGCGCGUAAAUCUAGCACACUAUCGCUGCAACGCGUUACCAAAGCGAUUCCGUGGGAGUUCCUCACUACAACUAUGCUGCCCAAUUUUCGCGAUAAAUUGGGAAAAAGCAGCCGACUUGGUUGGCAUAACGUCAAGAUCGCUAUAUCACCCAUCACAAAGGAAAAAAUCUAUGUCGUGACACCACAGCCAUGGACGACGGCACUGUGGCAGCAACAACUGCAUAACCAUCAUUUCGAACAUCAUCGAACACAUCAACACCAAGACAAUGUACGCGAAGACUACCAUGAGUCGGAACCAACAGCACGGUUCAAUGUUCGACCGACGCCCCUGUACUACAAAAGCGGUGGAUCCUAUCACACCGGCACAUCGGCUAUUGGUCUUUCACCGGAAUCGGUUAACGAGCUUUUGGAUCAGAAACCCAAACAUGCAUUCAGUGGCAUUGGCAGCAGAAGUAGUGUGGUCAAUAGAAUACAAUCCAAAAAAAAAAAAGUUUUACCGAUACGGGAAUAUAUCCUUAAAAAGCACAACAGUACGAUACUGCCGGUUUAG